AUGCAAAUCAACCUCAUCUUCCUCACCAGCCUCGCCGCUCUCCUGCUCCCCGGACAGGUCCUCGCCGACAGCUGCCAGCUGGAGCAGUGCCCCUUGACGGCCCAGUGCACCUGCACUCGCCCUCACAAAGGUCCCUCGCAAGCAGGACCUUCACUAUGGCACGGACGCUGCGGACAAGACAGGUCCUCGAUCCCAACGGGAGGAGUCGAGUCGCAAAAGAAGGAUGGAGGAGGUAUUGCUGCUGAGGUCUUGAGUGUCGGUCGUCGUUCGGGACGGGAGACAGAGACGGUGGGAAUGGGUGAGGGAUGA